AUGGUGCCAAAAAUGAAUCCAGGCAAAAACCAGGAGCUAGAAGAAAAAUGUGGCACCAUCAAGCUCAGUAUUGAGGAGUUCAACAAAGGGACUCUUCUACAAAGCUGUGAGGCGGAAUCAGGAGCAGCAGCUGGCAUAGUGAAAUACCUUGAUGCCAUUCUGGUCCAGCCUGCUUGUUCAAGGUCAUGCUUGGCAUCUCUAUCCCCGCAACUCCGUAAAGACUGUCACCCUGAUCCUGGAGCUUCUGAAGCCAGUUGUCUGGCCAGGGAUUGCUGCUGGUCUCCGUGGAAAACCCCAGGCGUCCCUUGGUGUUUUGAGAAGGUUGACUUGUGUUCUAUAGUGCCUGACUCCCAACGAGUUGACUGUCAUCCAGAGGCAGGGGCCAACAAGGCGGCCUGUGUUAAGCAGGGAUGCCACUGGUGUGCUUCUGAGAACAGCACUGCUCCCUUUUGUUUCUAUAACUCCAAAGAAGAAGCUACUUGCUCAGCGAUAGUUCCCAUUCAGAAACGCGUUGACUGCCACCCUCAGCCAGGAGCUUCCCGAGAAAUCUGUGAAGCUAAGGGCUGUGUCUGGUGUUCUACAACCAUUGCCAACGUUCCCUGGUGCUUCUACCCGGAGGAUGGUCCACAUGGCUACACUAUGAAAGAUGUUCCCCAAAGAACAGCCCAGGGAUGGAGAUUAACAUUAAACAAACGUGGCAAUAUAUCCCUCUUUGGAAAUGAUAUUUCCCCCAUUGUGAUGGAUAUAGAGUUUCAUACCGAGGAUCGGCUCCGAUUUAAGAUUUAUGAUCCCAAUAAUAAACGAUUUGAAGUUCCACUCAAUAUUGAAUCCUCCUCAAAUGUGCCUAUUGAACCCAACUAUGAUGUUGAAUUUGUAAAUGAUACAGUCCUUCAAUUCAGAGUAAUAAGAAAGAAGACAAGGACAGUAUUGUGGGAAACAACUCUCGGAGGCCUGAUAUUUUCUGACCAGUAUAUGCAAAUGAUGACCUCUGUCCCGUCCACUUCGAUCUAUGGAUUUGGUGAACAUGAACAUCCAUCCUUUAAGCAUGACAUGAAUUAUGUUAGAUAUGGAAUGUUUUCCAGAGAUCAAUCACCAGGGGCAUUUAGCAAUCUCUAUGGAGUUCAUCCUUUUUAUAUGUGCAUUGAGAAAGACUUUAAUGCUCAUGGUGUUCUCCUCUUGAAUUCCAAUGCCCAAGAUGUCACUCUGAGCCCAUUUCCGUCUUUAACGUUCAGGACCAUUGGAGGAAUACUUGAUUUCUACAUGUUUCUUGGCCCCACUCCUGAAAACGUUAUCCAGCAGUACACAAAGCCCAUGGAUUGA